UCGAGUUUUGCAUUCAAGUGUAGCUGCUUGUAAUUUCAAAAUGCACAGGCACGCUCAAUGGAUCGUGGCGACGAUUUCGACCAUUUGUCUCAUCCUGACUGUUGCAGUUUACCUUUACGUUAAGAUGCUCAGAAACACACUCGGCAAGUGUAUUGUCAGCUGCCUGUUUAGUAUGGUGAUGGUGCAAGUCAUUUUUAUACAAAAUUCUUUAAAUUUUUUGUUUCAUCUCUUUCCAACAUAUUGCAUCAUUUACGGAAAAGUAUUUCUUUUCUCAAUCGUUUUUGAGUGGGCUCGUAACUUUUUUCAGUUUGCGUACUUCAUCUGGCUGUCUGUCAUUAGUUACCACUUGUGGCAAGUGUUCAAAUCGCCCAAGUGCGAUGCCAAUUCUAAAUCAUUUUUGGCCUAUAGUGCUUUUGUCUGGAUCACGGCUGCUAUCAUGACAGUGGUCUUCUUUUUUAUGAAUACACUAGAUGAUGAGAGUUUGAUAGUUUUAUGCAUGUUACUGGGAUCGCUAAUCUUCAACAUCUUUAACUUGAUAAUGUUUAUGCUGACAACCAUUAAUAUUUGCAAAGUAAAAGGAGAAAUGAAGAGAUUUACUCGAAGGAAGGACAAGACAACGACCUGCUUUAAUUUUGAUACCCAGACCACCCUGAAACUAAUCAUGGAAAGCAUUCGCGAGAGACAAAUUAAGCGGCGUGUUCGUGCUCAAAUGGAAAGAGACCUGCCUUAAUUUUAUAAAGUUUUCUGUAUCCUGCGGAGCUGCAAAAAUGUGGAUGAAUCCUAUCACAAAUGCAAAUAUCUUAGGGUUAUUU